AAGUGAGGUGGGCCGUUAUAGGGCUAUAGGCUCAACACUUGACAAAAAUUUAAGUGGGCCAAGGGCCAAGGCAAACUUUUCACUAAAUUGGUCCAGUUCCUUAUCAUCCCCAUUCCCCAAGACCCCAACUAUAGCUUGACCAAUUGAAAGAAAAAAGACCAUUCCCGAAUUGGGAAUCCCAAUAGCGUACUUUAGUUUCUCCGUACAGCAAUUCUCUCCUCCGUCACUUCCGCCACUAUUCAACCGCCGUCGGAGCCUCACCGUCACCGAUCGCCGCCCGGUAGAAGAAUGGAUAACAUUCCUUUACCAUUAGAUAAAUUUAGUGUUUCCUCAAACAGAGAGAAGACGUCUGUGGUGUUAGUUGCAACUGGAAGUUAUAAUCCUCCCACUUAUAUGCACUUGCGAAUGCUCGAAUUGGCAAGAGAUGCUUUGAAUUCAGAAGGUUAUCAUGUUAUUGGAGGCUAUUUAUCACCCGUCAACGAUGCAUAUAACAAGAGGGGCCUUUUAUCUGCUGAACAUCGUAUACAAAUGUGUCAACUAGCCUGCAAAAGUUCAGACUUUAUAAUGGUAGAUGCGUGGGAGGCAAAACAAUCUUCCUAUCAACGAACACUGACGGUUUUAACUAGAGUGAAGAGUUUUUUAUGCGAGAAUGGUCUUGUUUCACCAGAUUCCCUUCAGGUAAUGCUUGUCUGCGGUUCUGAUUUAUUGGAGUCAUUUGCCACUCCUGGUGUUUGGAUACCAGAGCAGGUCCAAGCUCUAUGUAGAGACUUUGGCGUGGCUUGUAUUCGCAGAGAAGGGAAAGAUGUUGAAAAAAUUAUUCUAAGCAAUGACAUACUGAAUGAGAACAAGAAUAAUAUUAAGAUUGUGGAUGAACUCAUCUCAAACCAAAUUAGCUCAACUCGGAUAAGGGACUGCAUCACAAGAGGGUUGUCCGUGAAGUACCUAACAGCUGAUGAAGUGAUAGAUUAUAUACGAAAACAUAAUCUUUAUUUGCAUUAAUCAGAUCUAUGACUACAGAUCUGCAAUUGAAAACUGCUAUAUGGAGAAAUGGUUCUUCAAAGAACCAAAGAGGAGGAAAUGUAGGGGGCAUAGGCUAAUGGAACUACCAACUUUUCCUUCCUCUCAUGAUUGCGAACUUGUUCUACAUGUAGCCGGACUUCAAUUAUAAACCACAAAGCAAUAUAUUAUUCUACCAUCUUAAUUUUAGGUCACAUUGUAUAACAUGAAUUGAUGGUUUUCUGUUACUACCAAGUUAAAUAUAGAAUGUUAGCCUUGUUAUACAAGGCUGUUUAUUUUCUAA